UCAACAAUUUUCGAGUGCUCUUUUCUUUGUGACGUCAUUGAAAUGCUUAUGUUUCCAGCAGUUCUACCAACCAUCAUUUUCUUCAUGUUCUGAAUGCAGGACAUGACAAAGCCCGCAGAUCCAAAGGAUCCACGACGGCCUCCAAAAGUAGUCAUCACACAGCCGUCAUCGAAUGAUCUGAUGCCCCGUGUCUCUAUCGAUACAAUUGAUUCGUAUCAUCGAGAGGUUUCCAAGUCAAAAUGCUGCACAAUUUUAUAAGCUCCUCAUACUUAUUUGUAUCAUUGUUCAACAAAAUUCGCAUGUAUGUUCACAUAGAGAACUGUAUUUGCUGGUGGUGGGGGUAAAAUAAAAAUGUAUGAUAAAAUAAUAAAGAAUAAUUGAAUGAAU